ACUUGGAGAGUAUUGUAUCUGGGGGCGUGACGGUUGAUUUCUUUCGUCUGGAUAAAACAAAACCAGCAGCAGCAGCAGGAGCAGCAGCAGCAGCAGGAGCAGCAGCAGCAGCAGCAGCGGAGGGACAGCUGCCGUGUCUCCUCUUUGAUGAAGUUGAUGGGCUAAGUGCAGGAGACAGAGGAGGCUCUCAAGCAAUGAUAAAAUUAAUUGAUAAAACAAAUGUGCCUAUCAUUUGCAUCUGCAACGACCGCAUGAGUACCAAGGUGCGCACUUUGGCCACUCGUUGUUUAGACCUGCGUUUUGACAAACCCUCAUUAAGAGACUUAAAAGUGCGGAUGCAGCAAAUAGCAAAUGCAGAAAAAUUAAUUGUCUCCGAUGAAACCCUCACUCGAAUUGCGGAGGCUUCAGGCGGCGAUAUGCGGCAGUGCGUGGGCCAGCUGCAGAUGCUGGCUAUGGAAGCCCAUCAUCGGCAGCAGCUGCAGCAGCAGCAGCAGCAGCAGCAGCAGCAGCAGCAGCAGACACAGCAGGCAGCUAUCUGUGCAGCGAAAGACACCCAA